GGGGGCGGUAACGGGGGAGGGGAAGGAGAAGGAGGAGGCGGCGGCCGCAUCGCCUCCGGCGGGGCUCGAGCUCGCCCUCGCGCGUGCCCUCCGCCUCGCCCGAGCCCCGCGAGGGUGAAACGCUUUCUCCCGGCAUGCAGCGGGAGGAGGGAUUUAACACCAAGAUGGCGGACGGCCCGGAUGAGUACGAUACCGAAGCGGGCUGUGUGCCCCUUCUCCAUCCAGAGAGCUUGGUAUAUGGCCAGAGAGUCCAGAACAGUCAGAAGAGUCCAGGGAGUGCACACACUCCCCAAGAACAGGAAGAUGCAUCCUUCUCUCACCAGGAAAUCAAAUCCCAAAGCCAUUAUAACCAUGGAUAUGGUGAAUCUCUUGGACGGAAAACUCAUAUUGAUGAUUACAGCACAUGGGACAUAGUGAAGGCUACACAAUAUGGAAUAUAUGAACGCUGCCGAGAAUUGGUGGAAGCAGGUUAUGAUGUACGGCAACCAGACAAAGAAAAUGUUACACUCCUCCAUUGGGCUGCCAUCAAUAACAGAAUAGAUUUAGUCAAAUACUAUAUUUCGAAAGGUGCUAUUGUGGAUCAACUUGGAGGAGACCUAAAUUCAACUCCAUUGCACUGGGCCACAAGACAAGGCCAUCUAUCUAUGGUUGUGCAACUAAUGAAAUAUGGUGCAGAUCCUUCACUAAUUGAUGGAGAAGGAUGUAGCUGUAUUCAUCUGGCUGCUCAGUUUGGACAUACCUCAAUUGUUGCUUAUCUCAUAGCAAAAGGACAGGAUGUAGAUAUGAUGGAUCAGAAUGGAAUGACACCUUUAAUGUGGGCAGCUUAUAGAACACAUAGUGUGGAUCCAACUAGAUUGCUUUUAACAUUCAAUGUUUCAGUUAACCUUGGUGACAAGUAUCACAAAAACACUGCUCUGCACUGGGCAGUACUAGCAGGGAAUACCACAGUCAUUAGUCUUCUUCUGGAAGCUGGGGCUAAUGUUGAUGCCCAGAAUAUCAAGGGUGAAUCAGCACUUGAUUUGGCAAAGCAGAGAAAGAACGUGUGGAUGAUCAACCAUUUGCAAGAGGCGAGACAGGCCAAAGGAUAUGACAAUCCGUCCUUCCUUAGAAAGCUCAAAGCUGAUAAGGAAUUUCGGCAGAAAGUAAUGCUAGGAACUCCUUUCCUAGUUAUUUGGCUGGUUGGGUUUAUAGCAGACCUAAAUAUUGAUUCUUGGCUCAUUAAAGGGCUAAUGUAUGGUGGCGUUUGGGCUACAGUACAAUUUCUUUCAAAAUCCUUUUUUGAUCAUUCAAUGCAUAGUGCAUUGCCUCUUGGAAUAUAUUUGGCAACCAAAUUUUGGAUGUAUGUAACAUGGUUCUUCUGGUUUUGGAAUGAUCUCAAUUUUUUAUUUAUCCAUCUUCCAUUCCUUGCCAAUAGUGUUGCACUUUUCUACAAUUUUGGAAAAUCUUGGAAAUCAGAUCCAGGGAUUAUUAAAGCUACAGAAGAACAAAAGAAAAAGACAAUAGUUGAACUUGCAGAGACAGGAAGUCUGGACCUCAGUAUAUUCUGCAGUACCUGUUUGAUACGGAAACCAGUGAGGUCCAAACACUGUGGUGUAUGCAACCGCUGUAUAGCAAAAUUCGAUCAUCAUUGCCCAUGGGUGGGUAACUGUGUAGGUGCAGGCAACCAUAGAUACUUUAUGGGCUACCUAUUCUUCUUGCUUUUUAUGAUCUGCUGGAUGAUUUAUGGUUGUAUUUCUUACUGGGGACUCCACUGUGAGACCACUUACACCAAGGAUGGAUUUUGGACAUAUAUUACUCAAAUUGCUACAUGUUCACCUUGGAUGUUUUGGAUGUUUCUGAACAGUAUUUUUCAUUUCAUGUGGGUGGCUGUAUUACUCAUGUGUCAGAUGUACCAGAUAUCAUGUUUAGGUAUCACUACAAAUGAAAGAAUGAAUGCCAGAAGAUAUAAGCACUUUAAAGUCACAACAACAUCUAUUGAAAGCCCAUUCAAGUAAACUGAAGCUUUUACAUUCAUUACAACCCAUUCAUUGUCGAAGAUCGAGCCCUGGAAGAUACUUACUGCACAGAAAGCAGCAGCGGUGGAAGCUUCUCCCAUCACACUGCACCUCUUCUGCGUGGUACACGGUCCUCCCACACGCCCCGCACUUGUUUCCACCUCCCCACACGGGCAUUCUGCAGGAAUAAAGGACUCAUUAGAAUGUCCCCACACGAGACGAGAUGCCUGCCAAGCUCCCGGGAGGGCUGUUUAAACCCCAGGGCCAGCUGCAGAUUUUGUCUAAGAACUGCUCUAACCACGUCUUUAAAGCCCUGCGUUCCUCCAAAAUCGCCUCAUCUCAUCUUCCAAAUUGCAGCUCUUUCCUUAGCAAACUCUGACUUGUCACGCGCAAGUUUUUUUUCCCUACAGGACAGAGGACCUGCAUUCAGUAAAACAGUACAGGUCGCCAGGCACAAAACAAAACUAUGCCACCAGAAGCAUGAUGAGGGUUGAGAAAGAAGUGUGGGAGUGAAAAGGCAAACACUGUCCACCCCUGACACCCCCACCUUAAGGAUGGGUUCUGAAAACUCAGCUGAAGAACAUGCACCCGGGUGGAGGUCUUUAUCAUGUGUUCACUUCGUUGUAACACCACCGAUUUUUUUUUUAAUGUUUAUUUUUGACAGAGAGACAGAGCAUGAGCAGGGGAGGGGCAGAGAGAGAGGGAGACACAGAAUCCGAAGCAGGCUCCAGGCUCUGAGCUGUCAGCACAGAGCCCCACGCGGGGCUCGAACUCACAGACUGCGAGAUCAUGACCUGAGGUGAAGUCAGACGUUCAACCAACUGAGCCACCCAGGCACCCCUAACAACGCCGAAUUCUUAACACAAUCUACAAGAGCUCUGCCACUUUCGAGGGAUGAACAGAGUGUUGUAUUGCCUCGCGAGAAUUAGUCUUACCUGUGUCUGCUGAAGUUAUGCAAGAUGACGGUGUAAAUAGUUGUGUCUGUGACUGGAAGAACUGUGCAUGGAGCCCCGGCUGUAACCACAACAAACAUCCAUCGGGAUGGCUACGAUUUAGGUUUCUGUGCUUCACUAACCCCCAGCUCCUCUAGCCCAGCCGGUAGUAGUUUUUCCCCUCUUCGAUAGGCCUGUCAGUCCAUAGAGAAUAUACUACCAAGUUCCCUUCCCGGCGAAGUGAAUUGUCUUUUGAGCACGUCUGCAGUUGGCCUGACUCUGGGGUAGUGCUCCAAGCUUAAAUCCUGCUGUGAUGUGGGGCCAACAUGUUCUAACCUCUCUUCUCAAUGAACUGGCCUACCUGGCCACGGUAUCAAAUGCCUACUUCUGAAUGGCCAACGUACUCAGGUGCCUUAGCAGUACAGAAAGUUGUCCUUCAAGGAUGGUGCCCUGCCCUGCCCCAAGUGGUGUCUAAAAACACAGUGAGAAUUUCUUUCUCCUCCAGCCUCAUUCUCACACUUCUCUUCUGUGAGUGGUAUUUGUAGCCCUUGGCUGUUCAGUCUCCUUAGAUGAGAUGCACACCUCUCUAGGAAAUAGCUGGAUGAGAAAGUGGAGACCCCCUUGCUAACUCAGACUUGGCUAGCUACAUAAGGGAAAAGGAGGGCUGCUAAGCAAAUAGAUGGAAGAAUCUUCAAUCCUUAAAAUAAAAAGGAAGGCGGUCAAUUCCCAUCCUCCUGCCCAGCCUACAGCAUUAAACGAUCCAGAACCCAGUGACUUCCUUGACACUGAGAUGAGGUCUUUCUAAAAGCAAGUUUUACAGAAUCAAUCACUGUGUUGGGCGCAUUUCUGGGAUACAGCAUUCUCUUGACCCUCUUGUAACACUUUCCCCCAGAUGUUCUCCAGGCAAGUAACCCUCUCUUUCUUAGUCCAUGUGGGUUAGGAAGUACUUAUUAAAAUGUAGUCUCCUUGUGAUGGUCCACCACAUCUGGUACCAAUUCAAGAUGAAAUGCAGGUGAGAGUUCAGAAACUUUAUACAAUUUUAUGUCACAAUAAUCAAGAGCAUGAUCAGUGGACUCACCUUACUGAAUAGCAUAGAAGCAGAGAAUCUGUGCUUGGAAAUUAAACAAAAAUGGUCCUUUACCAGAUAGUUUGAGAAGUACUUGUUUAAAGGGUGUUGACCGUACCCUCAACUCCAGGGCUGGGCGUGUGACUCGGUCAUGACAAUGAGGUCACUGCAUCCCCCCCCCGACCCCCCGCCUGCCACCAUCACAGUGUCUGGUGUGGGAAUGAGCACACGACCCUAAGGCAGUUCAGUGAAAGUUAAACCCAGGGCUAUGUGGAUGUAGGGGUGGAGCUGCUAGCAGCUGCCUAGCCACUGGAAGAAAGGAACCUAAGAAUGAAGCUGGCCCAGAAGAAGAGAGAUGGAGAGACUAGAUUUAGACACUUUUCAGCUGUGUCUUGUCUUAUCCUAUAGACAUUACAUGAGCCAGUACAUUGCCUUUUCAAAGUCAUUCUGAGAUGGAGCUCCUGUUCCUUGAAAAACACACAGACCUGACUAAUAUGACUAGUUAUCACCAAACUGUUGGUCUCAACUUGCAAAAAGCCUACUUCCUUAUUCAGACAGGACCAAGGUGAUUCUGAGGGUCCUUGAAGGUAACAGGCUACUGUGAAGGCAUCCACAGAGGAUCAACAGCUAGCAGCAACGGGAUAAAUCUGCAAGCUUUCCUAUAGUAGUUGCAUAAAUCUUUUAUUCCCUUCCCUGGAGACAGGUGCUCCAAUGUUUAAAUCCACAGUGAAAUUUGAGCCUGACUGUAAAACCUCAGACACAAAGCCUUGGCUCCAACAGCCUGCACUGGCUUGAGUCUAAAGUGCAAUUAGUGAUACUGACUUUGCCCCCUGGCUCCAAAGUUACCAGAGUUCUGGAAUGUUCACGGAUGCCACAGACAUCUGCUGGAAGUACCCUUAUGAUUCUGGAGGAAACCUAAAACCCAACCCUGGCUUGUAGGUAAUGACCUUACAAUUAAUUACUACCUAAAAUUGGAUCCCAGCAUCAACAGCCCAGCUGGCUUCUAACAUAUUCUGUUAUUGUCAAGGCAUUUCUCAUCCUAUUAGAAACUAUACUAUUUAAUAUCAACCUAGUAGCUUAUAUUUUCCCACCUGUUUACUUUGGAGCUAUCACCAAUAAGGAACCAGAUUUCUAUGAAGACUAAUGCCAUCUUGGGUUAUCUCUGAAUACCAUUUAAAAAUACUUUUUUCAAAAACUAACUCAUCACUUUUUUAUUCCCUAUUAAAGAGCAGCUUGGACUUUUAAACAGGGAAGAAGGUCUUUCCUUUCUUUAUGUAAUUCACAGUUACUUAAAUUCACUUAUUGUAAGUCAAGUCUGAUUUCUACUGCACAGGCCACACCAGCCAAAUGUGUCAUCUUUUCAGGAAAUACCCAUCAAAGUACUACAACAUUCAGCUUACUAUGUUAAAAGCUUUUUCCCCUCUGGGGUGGGGACCACAUUUCUGUAUUCCCCAUACCAUGUACCAGAGUGCUUGGCACCUAUCAAAAUAACGUCUGUUGUUUUAAAGAAUUCUUCCUUUUUUAAAUUGUACAAUUCCCAAUUCGACUUUGUGUUUAUCAAGACAAAGGUAGCACUGGUCUACUUCCCUUUGUCACAUUUUUUGAUUCUACAUAAAAUUUCCAAGUCAUUAACUUUUCAAAAUUUCCAUCCAGUUUCAAGGCUUUCCUAAGGAUUUCUGAAUAACCCUCUCUGUGGUCCAAGCACAUGGUGUAAUAGAAAGAGCAUCCUCACAAAGCUUCAGCUGAAGUAAUCUUUAUUUUUUUAUGUUGGAUACUGGGUAGUUGGGCGUUCCUUAUAUUAUUCUCUACUUUGUAUGUCUGAAAUAUUUCAUAAUGGAAAGAAGGGAGGGAAGGAGGAAGGUUGGUUUGGAUAGAUCUAUUAUUUAAGAUGUUACUUAAGAUGGUUGUGCAACCUUGGGCUUAGUUUUCUCAUCUGUAAAAUAGGGAAAGCAGCCCUCUCUAACCAGUGGAGAUACUGUGACGAUAAAAGGGGGUAAACAAAUGUAUUGGCAGCUGUCCAGUUAACUGUUUGCUUGAAAAUGGAGGGGCAUCUCCUAACUGUCCAUCCUGCCAGGAGUACUCCAGCAGGAAAACCCACUGGCUGGCGCCUACAGAAGAACAGAGCUCAGAGCAAAAAACAGGGUAGAGAAAAAACUUAGCUGGUUCGUCACUCAUAAACCUUCUUCUGGGAUGUUAAUAUGCACUGCAGACAAUGAUAGUUCCAUUUAUGGUGACUAAGGAAUGAAGUUCAAAUUUACACUUUUGGGGUGAACCCCUGUGGACGUUCCCUGAAUUUGGCAGGAGGAAGUGUGAUGAUCUUCCAUUUCGGUCACUCUUGGCAUUGCUUUGCACAGAAAAAAAUUCUAAAGCUUCAUGUUCCCUACAGGCCUUUGGCCGUACUACUCCACAACAGCUGACAUUAAUCACAGCAGACUGGAUUUGCACUCCGCAGUCUGGGCUACGUGCCUCUCCCCAAUCCUAUGCAUUAAUUUACAGAAUGGUGAGAGGAGAAAAGAAAUCCCACUUUACACAUAUCUCGCCAAAGAGGCCAAACAGGCUUAUUCUCGGUUUCUCAGUCCACUCUUUGUUUUUCAAUGUCUGAAAGAGUUCUAAUACUGGGGCACUGUGUUAGAUUAAAAGGCUCGGUUUACAUCUGAACACCUGUAUGCGAUUUCUCUUUGCUCCUUCUCCCCAGGCAAAGACACCACCCAGAAUUUCAUAAGACUUACCCCUAGGAGAGAAUUACUGUCGUCUAAAUCUGAGUCACUUGUGGUCAAGUUACCUCAUUCUCCAGAUAACUGGCAAGAACCGCAAAGUGGCCACACAGAUCAUUCUCACACUACCUGUUCUGCAUUUACCAUCUUCUUUUAGAUUCUGAAUGUCUUGAAUCCAUGAAUCUAGACUCUACAUGUCGCCACUCACAGUUUCAGUCACUCGCUCUGAUAGCAAAGGUUUGGAAUGAAUCCGUCUAUAAACCCGAAUUCUAAAUACUUCCAGAAGCUUUGACAUUUUAUUAUUACAUACAGGGUUUUCUUAGGACACUGGAAUCUGGCUAGAAUCCAAUUUCCAGAAAGGGAGAAUUCAUUAUAAACCAGUUUCAUCUUGAGACACAUGGAGAGGGGUCGCUAGUUAAAGAAUAUGUAAAUUAGUAGCACUGUCCCGAAUUACAAUGAUUUUUUAACAGAGCCAGAGUUUGAGAGUAGUAGUUAAUUGGAAAUUGAGCUCCACUCCGUGCCCAUUCUAAAAAUUUUUCCUUCUGCUUACCAAACAAUCUGGUUAGUCUACUUCCCUUAUCUAAGUGAAUACCACUGAGCCAAGCACAGACUUUACAUGUUAGUGAUGAGCUACAUGUUCCAUUUGGCUCCUUCUACCAAAGCCACGACUUCAAGACAGCUCGGCCUAAGA